CUGGUUCCAUGUUUUAUUUAUUUAACCUUAAUUUAACCAGGUUCAUCUCACUGAUUAAAAAUCUUUUUCAAGAGCGAUAGGAUAAUAUGCAGAAAUACAGGAGACUCAUUGGGUCAUUGUACAAGGCUUGACUGGAGUUGUGUAAUGGAAAUGUGUGGGAAUGUAAGCAUGUGUUUUGUCAUUUACACAGCUGUCUGCUGGAAUGUACUUUGGAAGAACAUCAGGGGAAAUGCAAAAUGUACCUUUCAGAGUAUUAGCAAAUGAUAUGAUAGCGGGCAAUGCUGGUAUUUCAACCCUAACAAUGACUGCUUUAAGAAAGCAAUAUAAAAGAGGAAAAAUGACAUAAAUCAGUCUAAUUUGAUUGGAUAUAUUUAAUCCAGCCAUAAAACAUCCACCAGCCAAUAUUUCAGCUAGGAGUUGACUUACUUAAACUCUACUUUAUAGACCCGAGGCUGGUAUUACUCAAUAGCAUAACAGAUCCUCUGUCAUUUUAGUGUCAUGUGGAAAUCACAUUCAACCCAUGUUUUCCAUUAUGUGUCAUAUCUCAUGUUUCUGUUUUGAAUUUGUAUCCGUGAUAGCAGUAGCAAUCUUGGGUAAACAAGUUUAGAACCUGAGGAAAGCAUUUUAGCUGAGAUAUCAUUCAUAUUCCUGGCUGUAUGACACAACCCCUCCCAGUUUACCUCCCAUUUUAGCACUUGUUCUCCUUGACCUCCCUUCAUCUAAUAUAAGAGGAGGUAAGGUUGGUGGAUACCCUCAAUGUUUCCUCUGUCAUGCAUCCAAAAUCCCUCCUGUUGCUGCUGACUGCAUAUGCAGCCCAUGGUUCACUGCAGCCCCAGGCUCUGUGGCAAUUUGGCAAAAUGAUCACAUGCACCCAGCCUGAUGUCAACCCCUUCAUGUACAAUAACUAUGGCUGUUGGUGUGGCUUGGGGGGGACUGGGACUCCCAGGGAUGACCUGGAUAGGUGUUGUGAGGUCCACGACCUCUGCUACCGAGCGAGCAGGCAUCUUCCAGAGUGCCGUCCCAUCAUUGACGUCCCUUACAUCAAGGUGUACAUAUUCUCUUGCACGAAUGGGCAGGUCUCCUGUUCAGCUUCCAACGAUGUGUGCCAGGCCUCAGUGUGCGAGUGUGACCGAGUCGCCGCCAACUGCUUCGCCCAGUCCACCUACAACCCUGAGAACAAUAACCUAGACCCCAAAACCCACUGUAUCACCUGAGCCAAGACAAAUCCUCCGGAAGCAGUACGAACAUCUGAAACUACAGAGCUAUUCACAACUGUAGAUUCACUGAAUGUUUAUGAAUCCUGUUUCAUGGAUGUGUGUCAUGUUUGCUGGAAUGGAAUUUACUGUGCCAAUUAAACUGUUGACCUAUUAAA